CCUCCUCUCCGCCAUGUCCCGGUCAGAGUCCGGCAGCGGUGCCGAGUUCAGUCCUCCAAACAGCCGACUCUAAAACAAACCCUGCUGCUGGACUACACCCGAAACACGGGAGGAGUCUGUUAAAGAAGAAGCGGGUUUGUAGCUCAGUCUGUGACCUGCCUGCUUCACCGCCGAGCGAAGAGCCGGUUUAGAGCAUCCUGGUUAGCUAACUGUUAGCUAGCAUGCUGCUGCCUCCACACAGCGCACAAGUCCUCUCGGGUUAAUUUAUCUCGUCAUGACGGAGCUAAGAUGCCGCAAAUCAGACACUUUGGAAGGAGACAAUGAAGAAGAAGAAGAAAAGCAUCAAACUGAUCCAGAGCUGGACACCAAAGAUGGUGUCUGUUGUCACAUCUGGGCAGGUGUUGAUGAGACGAGUGUGUCCAGAGGGGCAGCAGAUGAAAACCUGCAGCAGAGGGAGGAAAAUGAAGUUAAAGAUGAUGAACCUGAGCAGGAGGAGUCCAGCACACCCCAGUCUGCAGUCAGAGCAUCCAGGAGCUUAUCUGCAUCGGGUUUCCUGCAGCGCCUGGUGAGGGUUUUCUUCGGGUGCCUGGCAGCUGUCGCCUGCGGCAUGCUCUACGCCGUGUAUCUAUCUACGUACCAUGACAGGAAGUUUUGGUUUUCCACCAGGCAGGAGCUGGAGCGUGAAAUCACUUUCCAAGAAGGCAGCGGGCUCUAUUAUUACUACUACAAACACAUGCUGGCAGCUCCAUCCUUUGAAAGAGGGUUUUAUGAGCUGACGAUAGACAACAAGACUGUUUCAGGUCAAACCAUCAACGCAGUCGAGCGUUUGUCUCUUUAUCCGGAGCUCAUCACCAGCUUCGUGUACAGAAUCACCGGCAGCCAGGAUUUCGUGGAGCCCGUCUACUUCUACGUCGGAGCGGUGUUCGGCCUCCAGGCGGUCUACGUCACCGCCCUGUUUGUGUGCAGCUGGGUGAUGAGCGGCACGUGGGUGGCCGGCAUGUUGGCUGUUGCCUGGUACGUGAUCAACAGACCAGACACGACCAAAGUGGACCAAGCGCUUCCUCUGCGGGACAACUGGGCUCUGCCGUACUUCUCCUGUCAGGUUGCAGCUUUGACUGGAUUCCUGAGCAACAACAUCAGCUCUGCCACCGAGAUGUUCUGCUAUCUUACCAUGAGUGCCACCACCUUCACCUUCCUCCUGGUCUGGGAGUACAGCCACUACGUGCUCUUCGUCCAAGGCCUCUGUCUUUUUCUGCUCGACUCCUUCGACCUGGUGCCGCCACGGAAGAUGGCCGACAUUCACAAGGUUUACCUCAGCUCCUUGUUCUUGGCCUACUUGUUCCAGUUUCAGAACGCGGCCCUGCUCAGCUCGCCGCUGCUCAGCCUCCUGAUUGGCUCAGUGCUCGCGAGGUACUUCCAGCAAAAGAUGAAGAUGGGGCCUCUUGUUGCCAGAGUGAUGAAGCUCUUCCUACAUUUCCACCUGGUGUUCACCACCGGGAUCACCUUCAGUUACCUGGUCAAGAAACUUAUUCCUGUGAGUGAGAGCGACUUCAUAUUGAAGUUCCUUGAAGUAAAGUUUGGACUCAACACAACAACUGAUUUUGUCACCAACUUCCUCCUGUGCCAAGAGAGUCUCCAAACGCCCGGUCAGGAUUUAUUUCUGCGACUGACGCAGGCCUCGGUCCUUCCUUUUUAUCUCCUGGUGCUUAGCGUCUGUCUGCUGUCCACCCUGCAGACCAUCUACAGAAGACUCAGCGGUCAGCCGAUGAAAACCAACCACAGACUGGAAGACGGACGAAUAGGAGAGCAGCCCGAGGUCAUCUAUCACGUUUUUCACACGCUGUUUUUCGGAGGCUUGGCCUUGCUGUUCGACGGGUUGAAGUAUUUAUGGACGCCGUACGUCUGCAUGUUCACAGCAUUUGGUGUGUGUUCUCCAGGCCUCUGGAUGACAGUGUUUAGGUGGCUCAAACUGAAGUCCAUCCACCCUGUAGUGUUGUCUCUGAUUCUGAGCACAGCUGUUCCCACCAUCAUCGGCUUCAGUUUGUGGAGAGAGUACUGCCCUCGUGUCUUAGCUGAGCUGUCGGAUCUGCCGGAGUUCUACGAUCCGGACACAGUCGAGCUGAUCAGCUGGAUCAGGUCUCAGACUCCGGUGGCGGCCGUGUUCGCCGGAAGCCCUCAUCUGUUAGGGACAAUCAAACUGUGUUCUGGUGCAGCUGUGACCAGUUUACCGCUCUACUCGGACAUCGACCUGCUGAGGAGGACUGAAGAUACCUACCAGGUUUACGCGAUGCGGUCGGCAGAGGACGUCUACAAGCUUCUGACCUCCCAGAAAACCACCUACGUGAUCAUCGAAGAGUCCAUUUGUCAUGAGCUCGCUCUCAAUAAGGUCUGCGGGAUCAAAAACCUGCUGGACAUCUCCAACGGACACGUGGUCUACGAUAAAGGAGAGAUCUACUCGUUCUCCAAACACAGACGAUUUUGCAACGAGAUAAAGCUGAAGUACUCCCCCUACACGAACUACUUCACCCGAGUCUUCUGGAAUCGCUCGUAUCACGUGUACAAAGUGAACUCGGUCAUCUCCUUCCAGUACUGACGGCGGAUGGCCGCCGACUCGGCUCCUCUUGUAUUUAAGGUCACAUCCACAGUUCAACACGCUGUGCUUCUGCAAAUGUCUCGUCACUGUCACGUCCAGCGGGGAUCGGCCGAGGACGCCCGGCGCGUUGUCGACGUGUGCGGACCGUGGUGAAGUUGAAAUAUGCCAUAUUAAUCACUGUACUGUAGUUUUAUAAGACAUGCGUUGCUGUUAAUGUUACUGUGAUGCAUUUCAUGAAGGAGACGAUGUUCACUUUGUGCAGAAGCUGAGAGUUGAUUUAUCUCGACUCCUUUUCAACCAGAAAGCAAACAGUGGUUGUAAUUUUGUUAGCGACAGUGUCGGUCCAUAUCGCAACAACUUUUCAUGAAAUAUCUACAAAUAGCACCGGAAUUAAUCACUUUUCCUCCACUUUUUUGCCACGAGGGUGACGAUUGUGGGGAAAUGUCUUUUUCUUUUGCCUUUAUUGGACAGUUACAGUGAAAAAAAAAAAAAAAGAGAAGCAGGAGAAUGACAUGCAGUAGAGGUCCAAGCUGGCUGGGAAUCCAAACAUGUGAUAUGCAUCAAAAAAAAUACAAUAAAUCAGCCAUCAAUUCACCUUUUGGUGAAAUGUGUUGAUAAAUAUUGGACGGAUAGCCAUGAAUCUUUGCACACACAUUUAUAUCUUGUUCAGGAUAAAUUGUCACCACUUAAGUGAUGCCGUAGUUUAUUUUUUUUAAUAUAGUUUGAUUUUUUUACAAACAUCCCUUAAUGUUUUGUGCUAAUUAGCAAAUGCUAACAGGCAAAAUGGUAAAACAUCUAAACUUUGGCAAAUUGUCACUGUGAGGAUGUUAGCACGCUAACAUUAGCAUUUAGCUCACAGUGUGGCUUCAUGGAGCCUCGAGUGCAGCUGUGGAAUAUUUAUGCAGCUAUGUCGACAUGACAGAUGUUUUCUUUUGAAUUUCACUUAAGUAGGUCAUAUUUAUGGUCUGUUCCUGUUUUUGCACUCACUGCACAGCUGGGUGAUCUAAUACAAAUGCAAUCCCAUGAUUUCUACUUUCAUGACGCUUCAAUGUCUUCAGUUUUCAUUGACUCUGGUGAAAAUGUGAUCAGCUGUUUUUUUUUUUGUUUUGUUUUUUUACACUAAGCUUGUAGUGUGUCGUGGUGCUGUACAGACUGCAUUAGUGUUCCUGAUAUUAUGUCCACCUCAGUAACGUACAUGAAUAGUGCAGCACGCCUCCACCCACUGUGGGAGACAGAAUAAUAGAAUAAUCACCUUUUUAAGGGGUCAAAAACUGAAAAUGUAGAAGCUAAAAGUAGAAUUUAUGGCAGAGCAUUUGUGGCCUGUGAUUGAAUUACCUCCAUUUAUUCUCAUGAUUAGGGCUGCAACUAAUGAUUAUUUUUAAUCACUUAAUUAAUUCCCAGAUUGUUUGACUAAUUGUUUGGUCCAUUAAAUGCAUCAAAAUACUGAAAGUCUGUGUUUUGUAAUGUCCAAGAGGACUAAUGUUUUGGUUACACUCCAAAAUAACUCACUUUGCUGUCACAGAGGAAGAAAGAAACCAGAAAAUAUUAAACUUUUGCAGUUUUUUUUUCUUCCAAAAAAUCACUCAAACAGAUUAACUGAUGGCUGUGACUUUGACAACUGAUCGUUUAUUUGAUGAAUCAUUGCAGCUCCAGUCCAGUUUGAUUUAAAUUCUGUCAUGAACAAAAGAAAACGAUUUAAUAUUUGUACGCAUUUGUUCGAAGUUAUGUUGAAAUAACGAUCCCAAUUUGUGAGAGAACACAACAGCACUGCAAUUUAUACAUAUAUAUAUAUAUAUAUAUCGCUAAAUAUUCAUAAUGUUGCGUUAUACACCAGACAACACUUUAUCUCAAAUUGAAUAUGUAACUUUGAAGAAUCUGAAAAAUACCAAGAAAUAAUUCUGCGUUUGUUUUCUGUCAUCUUCUACUGUUGUUUUGUCACAACACACAUAUGCAGUGCAUGUGUUUGUGUUGUGUUAUUCUGCUGCUGCUUUUAUACUCAGCUUCCAGGUCUGAUCUGCAACGGGGAAGUUUAAGAAGCACAUGUGAUUCAGAUGAGUGUUAAAACUUCGUCACUUCUGAGGUCUAAAAUCAGCUACUGAAUAUUUGUGAAGCUGCAGCAGUCGUUGCUUCACACAUGAUGGAUUCGUAUUUGUUGAUUCAUUCUUAUUGUGUUAUUUUUUUUCUCUUUCUUUGAUGUAAAGCAGCUCUGUUCAUGUUUCCAUCCAGGACAGAAUCUGUGGUCCUGUAAGCUGAGCUGUGUCUCCGUCAGGUUUAGAGCCAAUGGAAGCUGCUUCUGAAGCUGCUGUCUCUGUUUUUGUUUUUCCAUUCAUCAGGAUGCCUUACGUUGAGGUGGCUCCUCCUGUGUCUUUAUCGAUUGCUCUCAGUCCUGUUUCCUUCAGUAUUUGGUGAUAAAUUCCUCCUGGUGCUAUCAUGCAAAUAACAACUGUCCCUUUGCAAAAGGCCACGUGGUGUUUUACUGAAUAAAAUAUAACACUGAUGUCUGUGUGGU